AUGGGCCGUAUGACUCUGCGCGAUUUUACCUUCUCCGAUGGCACUCUCGUGCCAGCUGGGUCCUCGUUAUUUGUAAAUUCUCAUGGGCUCUACGGCGAUGAAGAGAUUCACGCUUCGCCCCCGACCUUUGACGGCUUCCGUUACCUGCGCGAAGACAAUUCCUCUCAAGCAAUGCUCACCACACCAACGUUGGAUUUUCAGGCCUUUGGAUACGGGAGACACGUAUGUCCUGGGCGCUUUCUUGGAAGCUAUCAGCUGAAGACUGUCAUUGCACACGUCCUUAUGACGUACGACCUGCGAAGUGACGAGGCAUCAGAUUCAUCCGUCACAGAGCCAAAAGGGGCGGAAAAUAUGCCAAACAUCAAGGCGGCUAUUUGGUUGAAGAAGCGAGUGGUCGAGCAGGAAGGAAAGAAGGAAAAGAUUAUUUCGAAAGCAUUCUGCUCUACUUCUGUCCUCGAUACGAAGACUGAAUGGUGCAAAUACCACGAAGAGACGUUUCCGGCGUGCGUAAUUGCCGGGAUGCCGACAGGCGCUUAUGGAUUCGGCGACGGAAGUCUUCGGCGCUAA